GCUUUUUCGCCUCAGCACAGAAGUCGCGUUCGGGCAGCCAGCGCGCUCGCAGCAGGAACAGGCUCCAGGCGCUGGCGCCGGGGCCGCGGGGAGGAGGCGACUUCGCUCCCUGCGGCGGGCGCGGCCCGGGCGCCCCGAGCCUCCUGGGUCCCGGAGAGCGGCGGCGGCCUCCCGGCGCGCGGUAGGCAGCGCCCGACACCGAGGACCCGGUGACAAGCUGGUGCCAUGGAAAUCUGGCCCCAGAACCCUUUAUCUUGCCUGGAAAUUUAGGAUUCAUUUAUUUGCUGCCUUUGGACUCGCUGGGGCUAUCCCCUCUAGAAUGUUCAGGACUUUCCAGGCUGAUGGGGUUGGAGGAGGAAGGCCAGGAACGUAGAAGCUCUUGAAUGCUCUCGUGGCCCAGGAACGCCACGGAAUGCUCCCCAACGUUUGGAGGUCUCCUGGCAACCGUCCUUAGGAGUUCUGCCCGGCCCGACUAGAAGAGUGGAGCUAAGGCCCGGAGAUCGAUGCGUCUGCCCUGGGAGCCAGCGAGAAGGUGAAAGCAGGGCGAACAUGGGUCAGAAGGUCACCGGAGGGAUCAAGACUGUGGACAUGCGGGACCCUGCAUACCGGCCCCUGAAGCAGGAGCUCCAGGGCCUGGAUUACUGCAAGCCCACCCGGCUGGACCUGCUGCUGGACAUGCCCCCCGUGUCCUACGACGUCCAGCUGCGGCACUCCUGGAACAACGAUGACCGCUCGCUCAAUGUCUUUGUGAAGGAGGACGACAAGCUGAUCUUCCACCGGCACCCAGUGGCCCAGAGCACAGACGCCAUCAGGGGCAAAGUCGGCUACACCCGCGGGCUGCACGUGUGGCAGAUCACGUGGGCCAUGAGACAGCGGGGCACGCAUGCCGUGGUGGGAGUGGCCACGGCGGACGCCCCCUUGCACUCCGUGGGGUACACGACCCUCGUGGGGAAUAACCACGAGUCCUGGGGCUGGGACUUGGGGCGGAACCGGCUCUACCAUGACGGCAAGAACCAACCCAGCAAAACGUACCCAGCCUUUCUGGAGCCAGAUGAGACGUUCAUCGUCCCUGACUCCUUCCUUGUGGCCCUGGACAUGGAUGACGGGACCCUGAGUUUCAUUGUGGAUGGACAGUACAUGGGAGUGGCUUUUCGGGGACUCAAGGGCAAAAAACUGUAUCCUGUAGUGAGCGCCGUCUGGGGCCACUGUGAGAUCCGUAUGCGCUACUUGAAUGGACUCGAUCCCGAGCCCCUGCCGCUCAUGGAUCUCUGCCGCCGCUCGGUGCGCCUGGCCCUGGGGAAGGAGCGCCUGGGCGCCAUCCCCGCGCUGCCGCUGCCUGCCGCCCUCAAGGCCUACCUCCUCUACCAGUGACAGCGACGCUCCGCCAGGACCGCUGCCCGACCGCCGCUGGUGCCAACUCACUGAGCCACCGGGGCCUCUGCACCCUGCGCCUGGGAGCGCAGCCCGCGGCCGCAGACAAAAGUGCCUACUCCUCCUCCUCCUGGCCGCCUCUGCCUGGACCUAGGACAGGUCUCUGCCCGACGGGACCUGGACAGAGCACGGGCUCUUCUCCCGGCACUGGCCGUGCCGCGUCCCAGCGGGCCGAAUCAUAGCCGCUCCUUGAAACCAGACGCAGAGAAUAAACUCUAGAAGCCACCAUGGAGGCCUGUGUGGCUUGCUGUCCACACCCUGGGCAAAGGCUGUGGCCCGGCGGUCCCGGGUGGUGGCGCUGGCAGGAAGUGCCAGGGCUCAAGGGCAGAGAGCAGGAGUGGGAAGGGCCAGGGCCAGGCUGUGCACAUGCAGCUCAGGAUGCCAAACGCCACGGACUGAGGCAGAAGCCGAGGCGGACCUGCCGCAGGCAGAUAAGCACGGCCAUCCGGCUGCCAGCGCCCCGCCCCUGUAUUUAUUCUUUUAACAAUAACAAGUCCGUUUAUUUAUUCCAUUCGGAAAGGAAACCUCGUCUCAGUCACCUCUCUGGCGUGUUCUGUCCUUUCCCCCAUCUGCCACCUCCCCGGGACUUGUGUGCCACACCUGUCCUUCCUGGGCCGUGCCUGUGGCGCGGUGCCCUGGUGCUCAGGCACAAGGGUGUCUCUGUUGUAGCUCUCCAGUUUCCCCGGGCUCUGCGCUGAGUUCUCAAGCAGGCCCCUCGAGAGACUUAGCCUCACGUGCAAUAGAGUGUCUUAGGGAGCCCACCUGAGAGGGCUGCGCAGGGCCCGGGGUCCCCAGGUAGCCACUUACCUCUUGAGUUCAUAUAUCAUUGCACACGUUUGGAUUUCUUUUGUUGUCUAUGAUUUUUUUGGUGUGGGUUUGAUUUUGCAUCUGCUUUUCUAGAAGAGAUUUCCCAAGUGCAUUCUCAGAAGCUCUGUGUCCCGGAAGACCUCCUGCAACCAAGAAAGGGAGAAAGAGGGUCCCCAUCCCCCGAGAAGCCACAGGCAGGGCAGGCAGGGCAGGCAGGGCAGGGAGAGCAGGUGUCGAGUCCAGCCUCACAAAGCCCCUGGGGAGCUCUGCUCAGCACCCUUGGGGCCUCUUCACCAUGACACCCCCGCCUCAGGCGGGGGUGGGGUCAGCCCGCAGCAGGAUGUCUGUCCCCAGCAAGGCCCCCAUGUGGUGUCCCGCACCUUUUGUCUUGAAACCAACUCCCUGGGAGUCUGAGCUCUGUUCGUUUCUGCACAGGUACAAUAGAUGACUUUAUUUGUUUAAAAUGUUUAAUAUAUAUGCAUAUGUAUUUGUCCAUAAGAAUCGUGUUUGAAGCAGCUGCUGUAGGGUACCUUUUUUAAAAAAUAAAAUUCUUCCAGUGGAGUUUAUUUUUUAAAGCACAAAACUGGUGCCAAGACCGGGUGAGGAAUGUAAAUUACCCCCUGAAUAUUUUGAGGUUUUUUUUUCCCCCUUUGGGGGCAGGGGACCUUACCUGUCAGACUCUUGAAGAUUUCUUUGCUCCUGUUUCAGGGUGGGUCACAUUCUGACACUCUUGCACACGAGAGAGCUUCACUUGUACAGACUCCAGCUUGCCUCCUGGACCAGCGUCCCCCUUGGGUGCUGGUGGAUGCUGGGCUCUCUGCCUCCCCCAACCUUCACUCCCUGGGACCCUCCACCCACCUAUCUUUCCUCUCAGCCCAGAGCCUUGUGGCGUGUAUAGUUCUGAAACUCCCGUUCUAUUUUAUGAUGGUUCAUAAUAGCCAGUAACCUAAUAAAAGAAAGUUUGU